CCUCUGUCGUGCUGCUCACUACGGACGUAUUUUGACGGAGCACACGAAGGGCUCAACGCGGGACGUUCCUGUUGAUAAACGCAUUGACAGUAGGAACAGCGAAUAAUGCCAGCAAAAGAAAACUGUUGUUAGCAAAGUGGUUGCAAAAUGUGUCCGCAGUUAGCAGAUACAUCAACAAGGAUGUGUUUGAUCAAAAUGCGUAGCUUCGUAUGCAUUUAGAGAUGCUAACUGUUGUCUUGUAUUCACUGCAUUCAUCUAUGGUUUCAAGCUACAUGACUUAAACGAGAGUUCAACCAAAACCAAAUGAUUCCUGUUAGCAUGAGUGGAUAUUGUGCAUUCAGUUUUAAUGUCAGGUCUGUGUAACUAUUUUUUAAAUGAUAGGACUGCUGUGAAUUGUAUGAAAUCACACCCGAGUAGACACUGUUAUCUCUCUAGAAUUACCCACUUCAAUCAUGGAGACACAUACAGAGCCAAACAUUGAGGUUCGCCUGGCAGUGGCCCAGUCUUUCCGGACUCUUAAUACAGCUACAGAUAACAAAGACAUAAUUGCUGCUCUCCAGACUCUCAGCUCUUACCUAAAUGAAGGACCAGAAAGUAAAACCACUUCACCUCAGCGUGCAGAGUUCAGGAGAGCUCACUUUACUCGCAGCCUUCAGUUCUUAGUCAGUAAUAUCCAGGCUGACUGGGUUCACGGCCUCACAGCAGCUCAGCGCACAGAGUUAUGGGACGGGUUGUUCCUGAAAGGUCCCCCUGAGCAGACGCUGCUGGUUCUGAUGGAUGGAAUAGGAGAGCUGAGUGCCAGUGCAGCUCUGGACCACUUGGUCAGCAUAACAGAGAAGUUCCUUCAAAGCCACCGCCUCGCUGACCUGCUGUGGUCCUACUCUCAGCAAACUGCUCCCUCUGACUCCCCCCAGCUCAGAGAGACUCUGCUUGGACGUAUCGUUUCUUUGCCAGAUCUCACAGCCAACAAGUUACGUCUGAAUAACAAGCCCCUUUUUCUACCUCAGCAGUACUACCCACUACUGGCGACAGAGAUGCUCACUACUCUGGAGCGAACCUGCAAAGCACUUAAAGGUGGUACAGACUGCUCCUUAACAUUUGUGGCUCAGACACUUGGAAAAGUUUGUAUCCAGGGCCACAGCGGUUUGUUUCUGGCAGUGUUGGCUCCUCGGCUCUCAGUCUGCUCGCGCUCAGACAUGGUGUGGCAGAGAGUUUGCUGGAAGUUGUUUGAGAACGUCCCACAGCGAUGGGUAGAGAGCGUGCUCACAGGUUUGGUGCAGGCUGUCAGUGGCCCUGCAGCUUUGGGCAGGAUCAUUGGGAAUCUGGUGUUAACUAACAAGAAGGCGCAGUUUGUCAUCACUCAUAAGCUGCUGUUACUGCAGUACAAGUAUGAGACUCGAAUCUUGAGGAUUAUUCUGGGUUACCUUGCAGCUGAUAAGGAUCGACGCCCACUACUCAUCCAGGUGUUACGGUCUGUGUCUCAGGCCUGGGCUAACCCCAGCGCAGUGAAGCACACAUCUUUAGAGCAGCAGCUGUAUGUGAGCAAGGCCUUACUGCUGAGUGUGAGUCUGCUGAACAAAUCUGAGCUACAGGAGCUACAUUCAGAUUUACUUCAGUGUAUGCUGGGGGGAAUGCAGAGCCACCUGGACAGCAGCGUGGUGCGGAUCAGGCAUGUGGGCAUGGUGGUGGGAGAGUGUCUCAGCUCUCGCUUGGAUAUCGGUGGAGCUGCACUCAAAUUUGAGUAUGAUCAGGAUGAAGAAACACAAGAGCUGCUCUCUCUGAUGACUCCUGUUACUGAUGAUGAACCAGAGGCAGAGCUUGUAAAUGUAAUUGAUUCUCCUCAAGAGAAAACAGAAACAACUCCACAUGCUGAGAAAGAGACUCAAAAAACUGACCCAGACUCUGACUUGGACAGCGAUGAUGAGCUCACACCGUAUGACAUGUCUGCUGAUCAGGAGUUAAACAAAGCAUCUCCACCGCGCUACCUACGAGACUGUCUGGAAAGUUUAAUGUCCUCUGAUGACCCGGUGCGUGUGGAGCUCAGUUUAAGAGCUGUUGAGGGUUUGGUACGAAAGAAUGCCUUUGCAGCCAGAGAGAUCAGUGUCCAGCUGACCAAAGUGCUUCUUCACAUGGAGGAUAAAUACAGCAUAAGCAGCUUCCUGAAUCUCAGACAGGCGGCCAUGGUGGCGCUCGCAGUCACUGACACUGUCCCUGUGACUCAGUAUUUGACUGCAGAGUUUUACUCCUUGAACUACAGUCUUCGCCAGAGGCUUGAUAUCUUGGAGGUUCUCUCACUUGCAGCGCAGGAGCUGUCGAAGCCAAACAAAGAAACAAGAGAGCGAUGUUCAUUAAUAAGUAAUUCUGCCAGCACUGAUUUAACCCCAUACCCCGGUGACAACCCCGUCCACUGGAGACAAGAAGUGGAGAAGCGGAUACAAAGCAAGACAAGACGCCUCAGUAAGGGUGUCACAAAGCCUCCAGCUAAGGCCACCCCGAACCGUUACGCCCCUGUCGCUGGACACUUCUUUUUCCCUCUGCUCAGGAACUAUGACAAGCCUCAGAUGACAUUUGACCUUUUAGGCAGCGACCACCUGGUGCUGGGCAGGUUGAUCCACACGUUGGGCCUCUUCAUGCACCUGGCAGUGAAUGCACCGGUAGCUGCACUGAUGGGUCGUGCAUUACUUGACUUUGUGUGGGCGGUGCGCUACCAUGUUGACCAGAUGGUGAGAAGAGGCGUCCUCUUUGCUGUCUGCUCUGUGUUUCUGAGUGUGAACAGUCAGAACCUGCUGGUGGACCUCAGUGAUCAGCUGUUUGAGACCAGAACUUGGCUGGCAGAUGUGGCUGAAAGAGACACUGAUGCAGAUUGCCGGAGUCUGGCUGUACAGAGUCUGGUUCUAAUGGACCAGAGCCUGAAAAAGCAGCUACAAGAUCCACAAGCACUGAGAAUGGAAUCCUGAAAUACUGAAUAUGUGCUACAGCUGAUCCGCACAGAGCCAGGAGAUGAGAGUACUGAGGUGGACUGAAAUUAAGUUGUGAAUAUUGGAUGCGUACCAAUUUGUUUCUUUUGCUGAAACACAGCCGAAAAAAAUUCCUGCUUCUUCUUGACAUGUUUGUAAAGGUCUUUCUUCACCAUACACACACACAUGUUCCCAAUGAUAGGAUCAAGACAUAGUCUAUAGUUUAUGCACAUUAUAAGAUACUGAUUGAAUGCAGGACAGUUUGCCAAUUCGGUCUACCAAUAAACUCUUUUUUUAUGAGGAUAUCCUGUUCCUGUACGGGCACAUCUCUGUGCUGUUAUUGUUUGUUUGCUGAGGACAUCCUGUGAACAUUCACGCACAUGCACCCAUUUAGACAUAAGAAAAGUACUACUUCUUUUUCCUCUUAUGACAUUGUUCAUCUGUUUGUUCCCAAACAAUGAAAUAUUUUGCAACAUACAGUUGUUUAUAGUUUUUAUUCUUAACGAUUACCUUGGAUGACUUCAGAUGAAAAGAGGCAUUGAUUAAAAUGUUUUUGUUGAGA